AUGCUUUCCUUUCCUGCUCGGCUCGGCGCCUCGCUGCUGCCCCUCGCUGCUUUGGCGCUCGCAACAAGCCCGUACACGUCCUCGAGGAGCGAGAAGCCAAAGGACAACAACGCCGAUUGCAACUGCUACGUCGUCCAGUCCGGUGCCGACUCGGCGACGCCAGAGUACUUCCAGUACUACCGCUUCUACGACUUCCGCAACCUGCCGGGCGGCUUGUCCUCCCCCCCGGGCCAGGUCAACGGCAGCGAUGGCUUGGAGCCGACGUGGCAGCCCGACCUGUUCAACAGCGACGACUGGCAGUACGACUGGGGCACGCAGAACUGGAGCAAGCCGGCCACCGACGACUUCCCCAUACCCAUGUCCAACUCGUACGCGAACAUCUACCUCGCGCAGGAGAACGACACCAGCUACCUCGCGCUCCGCACGUCGCGCGAAGACGGCUACCAGUCGGCGGGCGAGAUGGAGAACGAGCAGAAGAACCUGAUGCACGUGUCGAUGCGGAUGCACGGGCGGGUGGUGGGCGACAAAGGCGCGGUCGCGGGCUUCUUCACCUUUGUCAACGACGACAACGAGUCGGACAUUGAGAUCCUGACGCGCGACCCGCUCGACACGAUCCGCUACACGAACCAGCCGUCGGUGGGCAAGGACGGCAACGAGAUCGCGCAGGCGUCCGUCGCCAGCACAAACCUACCCAGCUGGGAGGAGUGGCACACGCACCGCAUCGACUGGCUGCCCAAGAACAGCUUCUGGUUCCUCAACGACAGGCAGGUCGCGGCCAACACGUACUCGGUGCCGCGCGUGCAGAGUUACAUGGUGCUGAACAUGUGGAGCGAUGGCGGCGAGUGGAGUGGGAAUAUGACAGAAGGCGGCUCGGCCGAGUUCCACGUCCAGUGGAUUGAGAUGACGUUCAACACGAGCGGCGCGUAUCACGGCAAGAAUCAGAAGAGGGCGAGCAAGGGCUGCGAGGUCGUGUGCAAGAUCGAUGAUGUUGCGCAAAAGGGCACGCCCGAGGUUGUCAGUGUUAACAAGAGCGCUGCUGCUGCGGUCGGUGUGUCGUGGGGACUGUUGGUGGUGGUUGGUGUUGUUGGCGUGUUUGUUGGUUUGUAG